AUGGCAUUGAAAGGAAAAGCGUGGCACGAGAUCGUUGAAUUAUUUGUUCCUGAUUUUAAAGAAGGUAGCCCUAUCGAAAAGAAUAAAUCCCAGAAGAUUGAUUCAAAAGUCAAAGUCGAAUUACUAGAGGACGAAUUCACCAAUCUACAGUGUUGUGACACUUGCGGGAAAAUAUUUCCAAACAAAAGAAAGCUCAAGAAGCAUCAGAUCUCACAUAGUACCGUACGUCCUCACUCCUGUUCUAUAUGCAAGAAGGCAUUUCGCACAAAGCAUGAAGUAUCGACACACAUGAACGUCCAUAAAGGUCCAUCGUUCGAGUGUGACAUUUGCUCGAAAGUGCUGAAGUCCAAAGGAUCCUUGAUAAUCCACAAGAAAAGGCACUUGAAGCUUUUUAUGGCAAAAUGCGAAGCUUGUAACCAAGGUUUUGUUACCAAUCAAGAAUACCUGAACCACGUAGGUUCUAAACAUGGUAAUGCAAAUCAUGUAUGUAAUGUGUGUGGUAGAAGCUGUUAUGAUAAAGCCGGAUUACAAAGACAUAUGCAGUGUCAUGCUAUUGGAUACUCAAACAACUCUGACAUCAAAUGCGAGAUUUGCACCAAAACUUUCCUUCAAGAACGUUACUUGAAGCAACACUACCAACGAGUACACAAAAAUGGCGGCCUGCGCUUUGUUUGCGACUUAUGUGGCAAAAAAGUUAACUCCAAACGCAGCCUCAGGGACCAUCUGCUCAUUCACCAGGGCCUGAAACCUAUUGAGUGCAAAGAGUGUGGAAGAGGAUUUGCUUUGAGGUCAACGUUGAAGCUGCACAUGCGCGUCCAUACUGGAGACAGACCAUACGAAUGCAAAGAAUGUGGCAAAUGCUUUACGCAGAAGACACCGCUGACUGUGCAUAUGCGGUUCCAUACAGGAGAGAGGCCCUAUAUGUGCACCAUAUGCGACACUGGAUUUGUCAGUAAAGGGGCUUUGAACAUUCAUCAGAAAAACAAACAUAGUACAGCAUAG